AGGCGGUUGCUGCGCCCGGUGCUGGGGUCGCUGCCUGAGGCGCAGGCGCCGUGAACUCAGCCCUCCCCGGUGCUCCGCUCGCAGCGGGCUAGUCAUGGCGACCGACAAGAGGCCGUUCCACCUGGUGGUGUUUGGCGCCUCGGGCUUCACCGGCCAGUUCGUGACGGAGGAGGUGGCCCGGGAGCAGGUGGACCCGGGGCGGAGCGCCCACCUGCCCUGGGCCGUGGCGGGCCGCAGCCGGGAGAAGCUGCAGCGAGUGCUGGAUAGGGCUGCCUUGAAGCUGGGAAGACCAUCACUGUCAACUGAAGUUGGAAUAAUAAUUUGUGAUAUCAGUAAUCCAGCCUCACUUGAUGAAAUGGCUAAACAGGCAGCAGUUGUCCUCAAUUGUGUAGGACCAUAUCGCUUUUAUGGAGAACCUGUAGUAAAAGCAUGUGUUGAAAAUGGAACUAGCUGUGUUGACAUCUGUGGAGAACCUCAGUUUCUGGAACUAAUGUACUGGAAGUAUCAUGAGAAAGCUGCAGAAAAAGGAGUUUAUAUCAUCGGAAGCUGUGGUUUUGACUGUAUUCCAGCAGAUCUGGGAGUAUUAUAUACCAAAAGUAAAAUGAAUGGUACUUUGACUGCUGUGGAAAGUUUCCUGACUCUACAUUCAGGUCCUGAGGGUUUGUGUAUUCAUGAUAGUACCUGGAAGUCAGCAGUUUAUGGCUUUGGAGACCAGAGUAAUUUGAAAAAACUACGAAAAAAGUCAAAUCUGAAACCUGUUCCUAUCAUUGGUCCAAAAUUGAAAAGAAGGUGGCUAAUUUCUUACUGCAGAGAACUCAACAGUUACUCCAUUCCUUUUUUGGGAGCGGAUGUGUCUGUUGUGAAGCGAACUCAGCGUUACUUACAUGAAAAUUCAGAGGAAUCACCUGUUCAGUAUGCUGCUUAUUUAACUGUGGGAGGCAUCACCUCUGUAAUUAAGCUGAUGUUUGCAGGACUUUUCUUUUUAUUCUUUGCGAGGUUUGGCAUUGGAAGGCAACUUCUCAUAAAAUUCCCACGGCUCUUCUCAUUUGGUUAUUUUUCAAAACAAGGUCCAACACAAAAACAGAUGGAUGCCUCAUCAUUUACAAUGACAUUCUUUGGUCAAGGAUACAACCAAGGUUUUGGUGCCGAUAAGAGCAAACCAAAUAUCAAAAUUUGUACUCAGGUGAAAGGACCAGAGGCUGGCUAUGUGGCUACCCCCAUAGCCAUGGUACAGGCAGCCAUGACCCUUCUAAAUGAUGCCUCUUCUCUUCCUAAGGGGGGCGGGGUCUUCACACCGGGAGCGGCUUUCUCCAGAACAAAGUUGAUUGACAGACUCAGCCAACGUGGCAUUGAAUUUAGUGUCAUUAGCAGCUCUGAAGUCUAAACUCAUUUGAAGAAUUAACUGGUUAUGAAAUGCCUGAAUUAACAGCAUUUUUUAUUUGAUAUUUGAAAUUCUUCUGUAAGUCUGUUUGACUACAGGUGGAAAAGAUUGUCAAAUCUAAAUAUGUAUACAUUAAAAGCAGGAAAUUGUAUUAGCUUACCUAAAUUUCAAAUCUUAGCUGAUUUUGUGAUUUUAUUGAUUGUGAGAGAGAACUAAUACUUGAUUGACUUUUUCAUUGAAGACUUCAUGGUCAAUUUUUAUAAUGGUGAUAGAGGGAGGGGUUGGUAUCUCUAUCUGUGUUGCUAACAGAUUCCUUGAUGAGGUACUCAGGCUGGUGUUCCUGUAAGGCAGUUACUGCUGCUUUCCUUGCCAUGAUAUUGAGUGGGAUUUUACUUUCUGAUGAGUCUAUGUAUUGUGUGGGUCUUUGCUAAAUGAAACUGCACUUUUUGCCAUUUUUUUAGUUUUUAACCCAUCUACACUGACUGAUUUUGGAUUGUUACCUGAGUUGAAUAAUAAAGUAUUGUCAAUUGAAUGGUGUUUUGUGUAUAGACCUAU